UCCUGUAUGGUGCCAGUUGAUUGGUCUGUGCGCGGAAGACGUUUCCACUUGUCUGUUCGUACAGAAAAAACUUCCGUCUUCGGUUAAAAAGGAAAACACGUACAGAGGAGUUGUUGGGCAUACAUUGAAGACCCAAAGGAGCAGACAGUGAUUCACUGGGCUGUACCUCGGUGCUAAUCUGCUGUGGAUGAAGAGCGUCUUGCCUCUGCGGCACCUUCUCACCGAAAGUGGGCCUUCCGACGAGGAUGACAAUGGAAGAGAUGAAGAAUGAAGCUGAGACGACCUCAAUGGUUUCCAUGACGCUCUACGCUGUGAUGUACCCAGUUUUCAGCGAGCUGGAGAGAGUGAACCUGUCCGCAGCACAGACACUGAGAGCAGCCUUCAUCAAGGCAGAGAAGGAGAACCCAGGCCUGACCCAGGACAUCAUCAUUAAGAUCCUGGAGAAGAAGAACGUGGAGGUGAACUUCACGGAGUCCCUUCUGCGCAUGGCUGCUGAUGAUGUGGAGGAGUACAUGAUUGACAGACAGGAGCAGGAGUUCCAGGACCUGAACGAGAAGGCCCGCGCGCUCAAACACAUUCUCAGUAAAAUCCCAGACGAGAUCAACGACAGAGUGCGCUUUCUGCAGACCAUCAAGGACAUCGCUAGUGCCAUAAAGGAGCUGCUGGACACAGUCAACAACGUGUUUAAGAAAUAUCAAUAUCAGAACCGGAGGGCACUCGAACACCAAAAGAAAGAAUUUGUGAAGUACUCCAAAAGCUUCAGCGACACCCUCAAAACAUACUUCAAAGAUGGAAAGGCAAUAAACGUCUUCAUCAGCGCCAACAGGCUGAUUCACCAAACCAACUUAAUACUGCAGACCUUCAAAACUGUAGCCUAGGAGCUUCUGUUGUUAGAGGUGUGAUUUAUUUUUUUUAAUGUGGGGUAGGAUAACCUUUAUGUAAAAUGUAAAGUUUUUUUUUUUCUUUUUCUUUUGACUGUAUAAUUUAUAAGUCUUGCUUCAUGGGGGACAACUUGAGGCGGGGCAUUUUGGACGGCAUAAAUGACCCGCCUUUUUAUUUCUUUUGCUUUUAUCUUCUUAAUCAUGGUCUCACCACACAAGAUUCCUGCUUCACUUUUUGCUGUCACUGUCAUUCUAUCCAAAAGAAAGCCAAAAGAUUUUUGCGCCUUAAAAUGUCAUGUAACAUUCCUUAUAUGAAGUGUAAAUAUUGGUAUUCUGUUUCAGACAUUCUAACUUGAAGAAUAAGAAAUGCAAGUUAAGUAUUUAACAGAUAUUUGGUGGCAAAUGUUCAAAUAAAUAGUUUACAUAUG